AAAGACAAAGGGGAGAGCUUAUCAUUGGUGUUUUCGGCGCUACCAUGCCACGUUCCAAUCCAAGUACAAUCAGCUUUGCUGAAACUUAAGGCGAACUAUCAACAAACUGGCAGGUAUUCAUCAAAUUGGAUAAUUUAAAACUGGGGGCCCCGAUACCGGCCGCGGCAGAGGUCACCGCCAAGAUCCCUAUCAAGCCCUUUGAAUGUACGGUAAUCAGGAAUCCCGGGCUUUGCGAGACGCACCCGCCGAGAAAACCGAAACGGAGGUUAGAAGCCGCUUCUACUCGCGUUACCUUCCAGAACCAUUCAGUUCCCUUGUAUGAUAUUUGUUCUUCUCGACUUCUACUUCACUUGUACCGAGCGGAAUGGCCGAUCGCAAUCCACCUUUCUCUCUUUCCACUACACACCUCUACUUUUAUUACUACCUCGCGCCCGUCUAACACAGCUUAGUCUGUCGGCAGUUCCUUCAACUAAGCCACUUCCCAGGGCAUCCCCCCCGGCACAUCAGUUCAUCAUCCCGACGCAAACAGUGGCGCAGCUUCUAUCCCAAAAGCAGCGGCUGUUUGUCGCGUUCUCGAAUUUCCGCCGGCAGCCAAUGGCUGACCCCACGUCCGAGCCGACAGAACCGUCUUCAAUUCACCCAGAAGCCAGCCGACAGGCCAUGGACGCCCAUUUGCAGCGGCAUAGUAUGAUACCCCCCACCCCAGGCGGGUAUCGCAGCGAAUACGAGACCAAGCAAAGACAACGCUGCACUUGUCCCAAUUGCGGCAAGGCGUUCGGGGACCUCAAAGCGCACAUACUCAUACACCAGACCAAACGCCCCGAGAAAUGCCCAAUCCAGACUUACGAGUAUAGGUCAGCCCUGGACGGCGGCUCCAAGCUAACUCCAAGCUAACUCCAUUUGGCCAGCUAGCGCUGUCAUUCCCAACAUGGCGUCGCCGAUCGCACGGUCUGGACCAGCGAUGGACACUGAUGUAAUAGGUUCGAAUGUUGUCUUGACUUACAAA